AGGAAAUAUACAAAUUGGCAUAUAAUUUAGCAGAAAGCGAACCCACGAAAAUAGCUAAACCCUCACGUCUCAAAUUACUUCGAAAAGAUCAGCGUAAACUGAGGGCGGAUUAUUUGACAAUAGAAGCAACAUACAUACCUGAUAUCACCUAUGCAUCGAAUAAAAAACAAAGAGAGUUACAAGAACUUCGUGAAGACAAAGGAUUUUAUUGUCCUGACUUCUUUGCCCUCGAAAAAGUGCGAGAGCAGUUACAAAAAUGCGAUAUAUAA